GAGCUAAAAUUCAGUUAACGCCUGUCUUCCCCCAUUUCUAAAACCUCGCUGGAAAAAAUGUUAUAGACUUACAUUCCUCCGCUAAAUCUCCUUAAACCCAUAAACCCCAUUUAGUAAAAAUCAAAUCUUUAUGCUCAAAAAUGUCAACUCCAAAGUUUUACCAAACAGCAAAACAUCUUUUUCCCAAAAAAACAAAUCAAGAAAUUGCCAAAUUAGUCUGCAGUACUCUAAUAAACCUCAAUUCUACAAACAAGAAAAUCCCUCCAUCUUUAAUUUCCUACAUAAAUCCUCAAAUAACCCAUCUUGUUCUUUCCAACCCAUUAGUCCCUACACAAUCUUGUUUAACAUUCUUCAAAUUUUUACAAGAAAAUCAAUGUAUUAACCACCAAAAACCCAAUCUUGAGUCAUAUAUAGUAUUGUUUUUGCGCUUGUUUACUGCUAGGAAGUUUGCUGAAUCCAAGAAUGUGUUGAAUAAUGUUGUUGCUAAUGAUGCUUUAAGGAGACCCUUUUUGGAGAUAGUUUCCUUGUGUAGGGGUUUGAGUUGUGGAAACAACCUCUUGCAGAAAUGUGGGAUAAGGCCGCAUAAGAUAGACCCUUGUGGUUCGGCCUUUCCUAGUGAGAAUCAUGUUGAACAUAAAGUCAUGGGGAAGAUUCUUGAUAUGUUGUUUAGGGUUUAUGUUGAUAAUAUGAGGUUUAAGGAAGGUUUAGAGGUUUUUGAGUAUAUGAGGAAUGAGGGGUUUGUUAUAGAUUAUAGGUCUUGUAUGGUUUAUUUGCUUGCUAUGAAAAGGGGAAAAGAAUAUGAGUUGUUGAUUGAGUUUUUCGACAAGAUGGUUGAGUUUGAUGUGAGGAUUACGGUUUAUUCAAUGACGAUGGUUGUUGACGCGUUGUGUAAAGUAGGAGAGGUUAGGAAGGCGAGAAAAGUCGUGGAUGAAAUGGUUAGUAAAGGGGUGAAACCAAAUGUGUAUACUUAUAAUACAUUGUUAGAUGCUUUUAUGAAGAAACAAGAUUUUGUGGGUGUGAAGGAGGUUUUGAUGACAAUGGAGAAAGAGGGUUUUGAUCUAAAUGUGACUAGUUAUACUCUUUUGAUUGACGGUUAUUGUAAUUUUGGGAAUGUUAAAGAGGUCGAGAGAUUGUUUAGGGAAAUAGAAGGGAAAGGGGUAGAGGCAGAUGUUCAUUUAUACACCUCUAUGAUUAGUGGCUGUAGCAGGUUAUGUAAUGCUAAAAGGGCAUUUUCAUUGUUUGAUGAAAUGGUGGACAAGGGCCUAGUUCCGAAUGCUCACACAUAUGGAGCUUUGAUAAAUUGUUUGUGCAAGGCUGGACAGAUGAAAGCAGCUGAAGUUUUACUUAAUGAGAUGCAAAGUAAGGGGAUUGACAUAAAUCAAGUUGUAUUUAAUACAAUGAUGGAUGGUUACUGUAAGCAAGGUAAUGUAGAUGAAGCGUGGAGGAUGCAGAAAAUUAUGGAGGGCAAAGGGUAUGAGUCUAAUGUAUAUGUUUAUAACAUAAUUGCCACUGGAUUGUGUAAGUUAGAUCGGCGUGAGGAAGCAAAGACGUGGUUGUUCUCAAUGGUGGAUCGAGGCGUAGCUCCAAAUGAAGUUGCUUAUACAACUUUGAUCGGUAUUUAUACUAAGGAAGGAAAUUUUGUUGAGGCAAAAAGGAUACUUCAUGAGAUGGAAACUAAGGGAGUUAAGCCUAAUACAACAACGUAUAAUACCUUGAUAGAUGGUUAUUGCAAGAAGGGUAUGAUGAAGGAAGCAUAUAAGCUAAAGACUGUUAUGGAAUGUAAGGGCCUGAUACCUGAUGUCUAUACAUACACCUCACUUGUACAUGGGGAAUGCAUAUCAGGGAAGGUAGAUGAUGCUCUGAAACUUUUCAACGAGAUGCCUAGAGAGGGUGUAGUUCCAAACGUGGUGACUUACACAGCAAUGAUUUCUGGCUUAUCAAAAGAGGGCAGAUCGGAUGAAGCCUUCAGAUUAUAUGAUGAGAUGAUAGAGGCCGGCCUUAAACCUGAUGCUAGCACAUAUUCUGCUCUUGUGGGCAGUCUUCAUGGUUGACGUUCAUUUAGUAUGUGCAGUUGUUCGAGGGACUUGUAAUUGUGAACUUCAGUAAAUCAGAUUUAGCUAAUUAGAGAUAUAACAGAUUGUUCAUUAUAUCCUCCAGGUGUUCUACAUGAAAAGGAAUAUUAUUGCAGACAUUCUUGGAGAUUCAGUGUGCUUUGGUUUUUGCUUGUUAUUGCAGAUCUUAUGUUGCUUGGACAUGGUCCGCCAUAAUCUCAAGAUAUGACAUUUACAUAAGAUUCAAGAAAGAGCAAAGGUACUGUUCAAAUAGUCAGAUUUAAGCUGCUUGGAUUUUAGCACAAUGGCUUAGUUUAUGGUCUUAGAAGAUACGUUCUAUCUUGUUACGUGGUCAUAAUGAGAAAACCACAACCUAGUGUAUUGUCUCAAACUUCGGAGGCAUUUGGUUCAAAAUAUUUGCUAGUUUACGCGUUUUUUCCUUAGUAUAUUGCUUCCUUUGUCGUCUAGUGCAAUAUUUUCUUGGGAAUGGAAGAAUCAGAAGAAAAAGAAGUGUGACACCGUGGAGAUGCUGGUGGACGAUGGCAAGUUUGUAGGUCAUGUCAUGUUUUUUGGCUGAGUGGCUUAGUUCUAAUCUUAAUUUAUACAAGGGGCAAGCUUUUACCAAAAACAUAAUGUGGUUAAGAAGUUGGAUUGUUCUUGAGCAACAAUCAUGUGAUAUUAGUGCAGUUAUCCUCAUAAUUUAACUCUGGAUAGUCCCUGGCACACCAAGGUUUCAAAUGCUUUUCAUGGUUCUGGAGUGGUGCAUAUACAAUCCUUCUGGAGCAGGUUUCUGUUGAAUGUUGGAGUCUCAGUUGGGUAUGGUAGAAAGAUCAGAUUUUGGCAAGAUGCAUGGAUUGGGCAUUCUCCUUUGAAGGGUUCUUUUUCAAGACAUUUACAACAUUUCCUCUCUUCGCAAUGCUUCCAUCGCUGAUGUCUCUGAUACUCAGGAUGGAAUCUGUUAUUGAGAAGGAAUUUAAAUGAUUAGGAAUCUGCAAGAUUUUGUUCUCUGUUACAGUUCCAUAGCACCAUCGUCCUCUAUCAACACAAGGAUGACUCAAUUAUCUGGAGGUAUUGUUCUGGUGGAAUCUUCUGUAUCAAGUCUUGCUACAUGUCUUUACUUCCUCCAACACCCAUCUUUGGCCUUGGAGGAAGAUUUGGCACGAUAAGGCACCUUUGGCGGUUUCUUGUUUUCCAUGACUUGUGGCUAAGAAAGCAUGCCUCGCUCAAUCAAAUCUUCAGAGAAGAGGAAUGCAACUUUGUAGCUGGUGGUCCGUCUGUGAAGAGAACCCUGAAGAUCAUUUAUUAGAUUUGGAGCAUGUUUUUGCCAUUUUGGACCUGUCGUGAACAAAUGCCUCACUCAAUUAUGGAUUCCUUACAUAGCUGCAGAAGAGGUGGUCUUAAUAGGAAGUGACAAAAGCUUUGAAUAUUGUCCCGAUUGUCAUUUGGCGGACAAUUUUGAUGUAAAGAAACAAUAGAAUUUUUGAAGGUAAACAUAGACUCAUACAUAGCUCUAAACAAAGUUGUAUUUCUUUGCUAGUUUUCUGGUGCAAAAUGGCCAUUGUAAAUGAUGUAGAUCUCAUGCUAGAUAUGAUUGAGGCCUUUCACACA